AUUGAGUCUUAUUGAUCACGUCAGUGUAACAUUUAAAGUUCUUCUCUGUCCCAACGCUCGCUCUGUUUCACCUCCUUUCGUCUUGGAGACUCAACCUCCUCCUUCUUCCUAUCCACUACUGUUCAUCUUCAGCUCCAACUUCAAAGAUAUCAAGAAAGCUAAACAAAAGAGAGGACAUCUGCUAUAUCGAGCUACAAUGGCAGGGUUAAAUUUUGGGGCCACAUAUACUGACAACCAUGAUAUUCUGAAGAUACUUGAAGCUGAAGGUGUUGAGUUCCUUUUAUCUUCUGAAGGAAAGGUACCUGUGUCAGAAUGCAAUGGGAAAGUCAUCUGCCUAUUUUUCAGUGCAAACUGGUGCAGGCCUUGCAGAGCUUUCACUCCCCAUCUUCUUGAACUUUAUGAAACACUGAGAAAGAGGGGAAAGAAUCUGGAGAUCAUCUUCAUCUCCUUUGACCGUGAUGAGGAUGGAUUUAAAGAGCACUUCAAGAGCAUGCCAUGGCUAGCUGUCCCAUUUGAUGUAACUUUGCACAGAAGACUGAUUGACAGAUACAGAGUUGAUCGAAUCCCAUCAUUCAUUCCAUUAUGUUCAGAUGCCAUAACUGUUGAAGAAGACUUGAUUGGCUGCAUUGAGGAUUAUGGUGCUGAUGCAUUUCCUUUCACUAGGAAGAGACACGAGGAACUGAAAGCCAUGGAUAAAAGGAAGCGUGAGGAAGCAAACUCGGAAGAAUUACUGGGACAUGAAGAACGCCACUUUCUCAUCUCUGGAGAUGAUAGAAAGGUGCCCAUAUCUGAAGUAGUUGGUAAAACCAUAGGCUUGUAUUUUUGUGCCUACUGGUCUCCUCCUUGCUCUGCCUUCACUGUCCAACUUAGAGAUGCAUACAACAAACUCAAGGCUGCAAAAGGAGACUGCUUUGAGAUUGUUUUAAUAUCAACAGAUAGGGACCUUGAAGAAUUCAAUGUCAACAAAAGUAGUAUGCCAUGGCUUGCUGUUCCAUAUGAGGACAGGACAAGGCAUGAUCUUAGAAGAAUCUUCAAUAUAAAGGGCAUUCCUGCUUUGGUUUUCAUUGGAGCUGAUGGCAAAGUAAUCAGUGUGAAUGGCAAGUUUAUGGUCUCUUCAUAUGGGGCAGAAGCUUUUCCCUUUACCGAAUCACGGAUAAGAGACCUAGAAGCAGCUCUGAGAAAGGAAGGAGAGGCUCUGCCAAAGCAGGUUGAGGAUGUCAAGCAUGAACAUGUGCUGAAAUUGGAUAUGGCCAAAGCAUAUGUAUGUGAUUCCUGUAGAAAGCAAGGGAAGUUCUGGACAUUUUCUUGUGAUGUUUGUGACUAUGACCUGCAUCCAAGUUGUCUAGAAAAGGCCAACUAGAACUACAGCUUAUAGAGCAUAGAAAAACGUAAGUUUGGAACAAUUAUGGUUGUUUCUGUCGUGAUGGAAAGAAUGUUGUAAUACCUAAGAAAUUUGAACACUGAAUAUAUUUUCAUUCUUAUCA